AUGAUCUGCUUUGACGAGUUCCGCAAGGAGUCCAUGCACGCCGCGCCCUGCCGCCACUACUUUUGCGGCGACUGCUGGCGCGGCUACAUCUCCAACGCCAUCUCCUGCGGCCCCGCCUGCCUGGACCUGCGCUGCCCCCUGCCCGACUGCAAGAUCGCGGUGCCGUCCCCCCUGGUGCGGUCCCUGGUGGCGGCGGGUGACGUGGCCAAGUACGACCUCUUUGCGCUGCGCUCCUUUGUGGAGGACAACCGCUCCAUGAGCUGGUGCACCGGCGCCAACUGCGACGCGGCGGUGGCGUGCCUGGUGGACCGCGCCCCCGACGAGCCGCUGGACGUGCUGUGCUCCUGCACCGCCACGUUCUGCUUCAACUGCAAGGAGGAGGCGCACCGCCCCGUGGGCUGCGACACCGUGCGGCGCUGGAUCACCAAGAACUCUGCUGAGAGCGAGAACCUCAACUGGAUCCUCGCCAACACCAAGCCCUGCCCCAAGUGCCACCGGCCCAUAGAGAAGAACCAGGGCUGCAUGCACAUGACCUGCAGCCAGUGCCGCCACGAGUUCUGCUGGCUCUGCAACGGGCCCUGGGCGGAGCACGGGGAGCGCACGGGCGGGUUCUACGCGUGCAACAGGUUUGAGGUGGCCAAGAAGGCCGGGGAGUACGAUGACGAGGCGCGGCGGCGCGACAACGCAAAGGCGUCGCUCGAGAGGUACAUGCACUACUUUGAGCGGUGGGACGCCCACAACAAGGCGCGCGACAAGGCGCGGCAGGAGGCGGCGCGCACUGCGGGGGAGGCCCUGGAGCAGCUGAGCGACCUCACGCGCACCCCCACCAGCCAGCUCAAGUUCAUAAUGGACGCCUGGGCACAGGUCAAGCUUAACGUGCGCUUCAGUCCGGCUUGCCCGUCAGGGGAUCUCCUAUUUCAGUCUGCAGCCCCGCCUACCCGCGGCCUCGGCUCGCUGCUGCCGUGA